UCGGGUUCCACCACCGGCCCCACCUCAACACCAACCUCCGAUUUCCUUGUAGAAUCUAUUACACAUCUCACUCACUAUUCUCUCUAGUCUCAACAUUAAUCACUUUACACUUUUCACACUUUUUGUCAUUAAAGGCAAAGUGGAGAGUUUUCUCCACCAUAUCAUUCAUAUAUACAUACAGAGAUCAGAAGGAGACACAAAUUAAAAAAAGAAUGGCAAAACGUUUCAAACUUAGAAUUUCCAAAGCUGUCUCAAGCUCCUUCCAAUCUUGCCGUUCUAAGGACCCUUCAACUCUUCCUCAAGAUCCUGUCCCUUCAUUCUUCCCAUCAUCAUCCCUUAAUAACACAAAUACACAACUCAUUAUCCCACUCCCUCCAUCCAAACCCCAUCAUGGCUCCUCCAUCAAACACCAUGUCUCGGCGGCUAUGCUGACUGCCGGCUGCCCAUGUCGCUCAAGGACCAGAGAAGCAUACACAUCCGAUGAUAGCGAUAUCAGGCCACCUUCACAAGAAUUCAAGUGGAAAAAAGAAGAAGACAAGUUGCGACAUGUUUUUAAGACGACCUACGAUGAUGAGACAGAACAACAACCUCGUAGGAAAACAUCUUACUCCUCUUCUGCCUCCGACGAUUCAGACAACGACGAGGUUUUAGCCUUUCCUUCCGUAACAGAGAAAAACAAACGCCAAGGCACUAGAAAGAAAAGAAUUAGUAGUAAAACAAGAUUCCUUACGAUGAUGAGCAAUACGUCCUCAGCUGAUGAAAGUGGAAUUUUUAGUAGUGAAGCUAAUUGGGAUGAUAUAGAUAUUAAUGAUGAAGAAGAUGAGACUGAGACAUUAGUGUCUUCUUGUAAAAGCUUAGACUUUUCGAAUGAUUCGUCCUCGGAUUUAAACCAAGAGUUGGAGACAAUAUCUGAGACUACCACGACAAGGCGUCAAAAAAAGAGUGGCACUUGCAAGAGAAGAUUAGUCAGGAACACAAGAUCCAGCGCUUCAAGGGGCAUCAACAAUAUUGGUAGAAGAUCAUCAAUUUCAACGAUCUCAUCAUCGGACAGCGAGGUACCUCCGAGGUUGUCAGUGUUCAAGAAGUUGAUACCAUGUAGUGUGGACGGGAAAGUGAAGGAGAGUUUUGCCAUAGUGAAGAAAUCAGAGGACCCAUAUGAAGAUUUCAAAAGGUCAAUGAUGGAAAUGAUUUUGGAGAAACAAAUGUUUGAAAAAAAUGAUUUAGAGCAGCUUUUGCAGUGUUUCUUGUCAUUAAAUGCUAAGCAUUAUCAUGGGGUGAUCGUUGAGGCUUUCUCUGAGAUUUGGAAGACAUUAUUUUCAGCUAAAUCAUAAUUAAUGAGAGUGCUAGGACCAUAAGCAGAAACUUCCAGUAAUUAGGAUUUAGGAGUAAUAUUAUUUCCUGUCGUGCCAUCAAUCAAGAAUCUAGGCUUAAUGUCUCUAUUGGAGAACUAGCAUUAGUUGCUUAAACAAUGUAUGUUAAACGUACGUGAACCAAAUUCAAGGUUGAAAUCUCAAUUUUUUCCCACA